CUUCUGCUGAGACUCAAAGCAUGCCCUUUACUGUUUUCCAAACUCUCCUCCAAUGUAAGUUUUAAAACUAUAACCACGUUAGCUUGCCGCGUCAACGCUACAGUGCGUUAUUAAAGGCUGUUCUAAUAAAGACAAGAGUGCAAGAGUAAAAGGUUGCUGUGGCAUUGCUGCCAGCAGGUGUUGGGGACAGAUGAAGACAAUAUGGGGGAUGCUUGUUCUCAGAAGCUGGGAUCUGCCAAGUACCUUCGGCUCCUCCUGUUCAUCCUGAUCCCCUGUAUAUGUGCACUCAUCUGUUUACUGGUCAUCCUCCUGGCUUUUGCAGGUAUAAUCGGAAAUGGCAUCCUGGAAACCAGCGAGACGGACACGCUCUCUGCCAGUGAAAGUGCUCUUACCACAGACAUUCCCUACGUGGUACUUAACACGGGAUCGCCCAGGGCGACCACAGAGAGGGAGCUGAACACCCAGUCCCUGCUGCUCCACACCAACCGUGACCAAACCAGCCAGGGCAUGGGCCACUGGCAGCCUCGCUCUGAAGACUCCUCCCGGACGCCCGCCCCUCCAACCACGCCCGCUGAGGCUUACACCAGCGUCCCAGAGUGGGUGACAUCUCUGUCCACACUGACGCCUGCUCCGACCACCCCCCAGGACAGGGCCACCCCCUCUCCGGAGCAGGAUGCCUGCUCUGACAUCAGUGAGAGCCAGUGCCACAUGCUGCCCUACAACCAGACCAGCCUGUCGUCCAGCAGUGCCAUUGUGAAGAGCAUCGAGGUGGAGAUGUUCCUCAAGUUCUUCAGCUAUCUGAACCGCCUCAGCUGCUACCGCCACAUCAUGCUGUUUGGCUGCAGCCUGGCCCUCCCAGAAUGCAUCAGCGAGGGUGAGGAAAGGUAUGCGAACAGGCGGCUGGUCUUCCCGUGCGUGUCAUUCUGCGAGGCGGCGCGGGAGGGGUGCGAGCCCGUCCUUCAGAUGUUCAACGCCUCCUGGCCCGACUUCCUGCGCUGCUCCCAGUUCACCAACAGCUCCACCGCCGGGGACGGGUCUGCGGUCUGCUACAGCCCCAAACACGUGAAAGGAAAGCCCUCUCUGUGCGGGGGGCGAGAUCACUUCCUGUGCUCCAGCGGGAUCUGCGUCCCCAGGAAGCUGGUGUGCAACGGCUACAACGACUGUGACGACUGGAGUGACGAGGCAGAGUGCUCUUGCGAGGGCGAGCAGUUUCGGUGCGGCACGGGGCGGUGUCUGAGCCAGGGGUUCGUGUGCGACGGGUACGACGACUGCGGGGACCUGAGCGAUGAGCAGAACUGUGGUGAGUCUCAUUUCUCCCACCCCCUCUCCCAAUCCCCCAAUCCCCACUCCGCCCCCGUCUUUUCAGCACGUGGCUGGAAGCCUCCUGAUCACCUCCGGGAUUCAUCUCCAGUGAAUAUCCCGGAACAUUCCGCCGGUGGGGAAAAUGUCUGUAACCUAGCCAAGGAGCACAAGUGUGGGGACGGGAGGUGCAUCACCAGAGACUGGCUGUGUGACGGGGACCACGACUGCCUCGACAAGAGCGACGAGGUCAACUGCUCGUGUAAGAGCCAAGGUCUCCACGAGUGUCGCAGUGGCCAGUGCAUCCCUGUGGCCUUCGUCUGCGACGGGGAGGAAGACUGCAAGGACGGGAGCGACGAGGCCAACUGCACCCAGCAGCAGAGCCAGAGCACAUGUAGUCCUGGACAGCCAAGCUGCAUCGCCACCACAUGUUCCCAAGGUUGCCAUGGAAAUACCCCCUGCGACAGCCGCACCAACGGCUCCAACUGUAGUCGGUGUGAGCCCAUCACCUUGGAGCUCUGUAUGAAUCUGCCCUACAACACUACCAGCUUCCCCAACUACCUGGGCCACCAGACACAAAAGGAGACCUCCAUUAGCUGGGAGUCGUCUCUCUUCCCCGCUCUGGUUCAGACCAACUGCUACAAAUACCUCAUGUUCUUCGCCUGCACCAUCCUGGUGCCAAAAUGUGACCCACAGACCCAUCAGAAAGUCCCCCCUUGCAGGUCUUUGUGCCGUAACUCCAAGGAGCGGUGCGAGUCUGUGCUGGGGAUUGUGGGAUUGCAGUGGCCAGAGGACACGGACUGUACCCAGUUUCCCGAGGAUGGCCAGGGGAACACCACCUGCCUGCUACCAGACCCUGAUGUAGAAGAGUGCUCGCCCAGUCACUUCAAGUGCAGGUCCGGGAGGUGCGUCCUGUCGUCCAAGAGGUGUGACGGGCACAUGGACUGUGACGACGACAGCGACGAGGAGCACUGCGGUUGUAAGGAGAGAGGAUUGUGGGAAUGCCCCAGCAACAAAGCCUGCAUCAAGCACACAAUGAUCUGUGAUGGAUUCCCAGACUGCCCGGACCUCGCAGAUGAGAGGAACUGCUCGAUCUGUGAUGAUAACGAGCUCGCCUGCAACAAUCACGAGUGUGUACACCGCAUGCUGUGGUGUGACGGCAGGAAGCACUGCUCGGACAGCUCCGAUGAGUGGGACUGCGUGUCUCUGUCCAACAGCACCGCCUCGGCGCUGACCGUGCACAAGACGGCGUCGGAGUACCAGGUGUGCGCUGACGACUGGCACCCGCGGAUGAGCCGCCUGGCCUGCAGACAGAUGGGUUUAGGAGUCCCGACUGCCGUUGAGAUGCUAUUGGACGAGCCCAGCCAGCCGGGACGCAGGCGGUGGCUCCACGUCCGUCCUGAUUGGCUACAGAAGAAUGGGUCAGCUUUGCAAGCCAUGCUGGAGAAGAGAGGACAUCCGUGUCACUCCCGUAGGAAAAUAUCUCUCCACUGCACAAAAGAAGACUGUGGGCGCCGCCCAGCAGCGCGCAUGUCAAAGCGGAUCCUGGGCGGGCGCACUAGCCGGCCAGGUCGCUGGCCCUGGCAGUGCUCCCUGCAGAGUGAUCCCAGCGGACACAUCUGCGGCUGCGUGCUGAUUGGCCGGAAAUGGGCUCUGACUGUGGCCCACUGCUUCGAAGGCCGGGAGAGUGCGGACGUGUGGAAGGUGGUUUCUGGGAUCAACAACCUGGACCACCCGUCGCCCUUCAUGCAGACCAGAAAGGUGAAGAACGUGAUCGUUCACCCUCGGUACAACCGCGCUGUGGUGGACUACGACAUCAGCGUGGUGGAGCUGGACCAUGAGGUGGAGGAGACCAGCUACGUUCGGCCGGUCUGUCUCCCCCACCGGGGGCAGCUGCCCAAGCCCGACACCUACUGCUACAUCACCGGCUGGGGUCACAUGGGCAACAGGAUGCCUUUCAAGCUGCAGGAAGGGGAGGUGAGGAUCAUCUCACUGGACCAGUGUCAGUCUUACUUCGACAUGAAGACCAUCACCUCCCGGAUGCUGUGUGCUGGGUACGAGUCAGGGACUGUGGACUCCUGUAUGGGUGACAGCGGGGGUCCGCUCGUGUGCCAGGAACCAGACGGACGGUGGAGCCUGUACGGACUCACUUCCUGGGGCUCCGUCUGCUUCUCCAAAGUUCUGGGGCCCGGCGUCUAUAGCAACGUGACCCACUUCGUGGAGUGGAUCGAGAGACAGAUUUACCUGCACACUUUCCACCUCACCUAGCUGGGCUGUGCGGUGCGGGAGGUCUGUCAUCGCUUUCUUUCUUUAGUCAUGGGUGGAGGGUGUGUGAGCAGAAUCAGCGGGGAGGUUUUCUCCUCCUGUGAGGGACUAAAGAGGGAUCUGGGAGGAGAGGAGAGGAGAGGAGCAGAGCCCUGAACUUGGGGUACAGCUCUGCUCUGGUUGCCCUGAGGGUGGAGAUUGAGGACGUCUGCCAUCAUCGUCACUGUGUUCUGUGGCUAUUCAAAGAGGAAGCGUCUCACGGAUACUUUCGCUGUCUUAGUUGUUGUUCUGUCUCUCUGCAAAGCUGCAAGCUGUGUAAAUGCAUCCCAUCUAUUGUGCAUUCCACAGAACAGUAGUCUUUGGUCUACUGGCUCCCCAGGACUGCACACACCACACACAUGCACGUAGAUACACACACACACACACACACACACACACAGACACACACAUGCACACUAGAUAUGAACGGGAUGACCUUGUGUGUUUGUGUGUAUGUGUGUGUAUGUGUGUGUCUGUGUGUGCAUGUGUGUGUGUGUGUGUGUGUGUGUGUGCAAGUCAUUGAAUCAAGGAAAGGCAAAAGGAGGAAGCACAAGAAAAUUAAAGUAAUGGUUUUCUAAUUUAUGUCUGAUAGCUGAAUUCAGAAACUCAAUUUAACGCAACAUUUACGCAUCCAGGCUUACAUUGCGAUAAAUGAUACAGCAGUACCUGUGUCUGUCUCACUCAGCAUCCUGUAUGUAUUUUAAAUCACAGUGCUAAAGCUAUCCACACUGGGUGUACAGGCGUACACUGAUAAUGAAAAUCACAUUAUUAUUUAUGUAUAUCCUUUAACACUUUACAGUGAGUGGGGGGAGCUCUUCUCAACCAACAACAGUAUGUGGCAUCCAUUUGAGAGAUGCACAGCAGACGUUUUACUGUACAUGUUCGUCAGAAUGAUCACCACAAAAUGUACGCACAUACACACUAGGUUCACAGCUACAGGCAUUCUUGUAUGUGUGGAGACCUAUUUUUAAAAAAAUAUUCAGGGUCUCUAGUGAAUAUAUAUUGCAUCUGCAACUUUUGUAAAGCUGCAGAAGAGGCAAUCAUUUAUCCCUUUUAUUUUCUUAUCUUUUUUUGCCGUAUCAAAUUACACAGAAUACACCUUUUUUACAUUUCAUUCGUACUGGAUUUAAUAAUCCAUUGACAUUCAUUGGUAUUUCAAUAUUUUGGAAUCACAUAAAGACAUUGAGUAAUGUAACAGACUGACUGAAAAGACCCCAAAUCAUAAAUACGUGCCACUGAUUUCUCUUUCGCACACAAUUGAGUGACUGUUACCAGUUUUUACAAGUAAAUAGCUGCUAUCUGCAUCUGAGCCCCAGUGAAUGCCAGAUUCAUAAACAAAAUAGCACAUUGAUUUCUUAUUAGUUGUUAUUAUUAAAUACAGUAUUUAUUAAAUACAAGUGUCUUCAUUCACAAUAGGUCAGCCUUUUGGUACAACCUCCUGUAAAAAGAAUAGGAGUGAUAGUGAGUGAGAAUGCUACUGACAUUAAAAUUUCAAAGGGAAAACUCGCGAUAGAAUAGAAUCUGCUGUUUUAAGACGACUUUUUAUAUUUUACGGUCAUUAUCAUAUUUAAAUAUCAUAUUCGGGAAAUCUGGUAGAAUUGCUCAUAGAAUUAAAGAUUUAUCAACACAGAAAACAGAUUAGACAUGCAUAUUGUCUUCACACUUUUUUUCAGUAAGGCAUAAAUAUUACCAAAAAUAUAUAUAUUUUAUUUUGAACAACCCACACGUCAACUCUUGCUUGGUAUCUUUGAAGCUGUUUGUAUAGUACCUGCAUAUUGCUUUAAAGGACCAGCAUAACCAGUGACAAUGACUACAGUUAAGUCAGCGUAUCGGGUGCUUACAUGAAUCAUUGACUGACCAAAUAUGUACAUUAAGGAUUCAUCACUUUGGUCAUACACAUACAGUAUGUUAUAGAUUGUACAAUAUUAUAAUUGUGAAAGCUAAGCAAGUAAACAAAGUCGUUUUCAAGCAAAGGCAAGAUAAGCUAGUAUAGUAGCACAGCAUAGCAUUGUUAGGACUGUGAGUGAUAAUUUCCAGAAGCGUAUUGUAUGUGUCAAUAUUUUUCCACCAGUGCAGCUACCAGCAGUGUUGCAAAUAGAAUUGAUUUAAUCAAAGUUUCAUUAUUCAUCCUUUACAUUCAUUCAGUUGUGUUUGAAUCUGUGUACGUUACAUUAGCAGCGAUGCUACAGUAUGUAUGGCCAAGACAACUGGAUGGUUUGUGCCAAAGUCAAAAAGCUUUUUGUUACUUUUGUGUGUAUACAGUACGUACUUGUGUGGAAAAUACUAUUCCUCUCCAGAGAGAAGAUACUGAUAUUAGAAUCUGUGUUGUGUGCACUUGUGGGCACGUGUGUGAGCGUGUGUGUCUGGCUGUGUACUGGGCGUGUUGCUGUAUGUGUGUGUAUGUGUGUGUGUAUGUUUGGUGUAUGUCUAUAUCGAUGACUAUAUGCAUACUAUUAUGCUUAAAUGUUUCAGUGUAACAUUCCAUGUAAAGACUUGUUGUUUGUAAUUUUCUAAAGUAUUUUUAUACAGCUUUUGUAUGUGCGCACAUGAACUGUUUUGGUCCCAAACAUGACUUUGGUAUUUUUACAGUUUGUUAUCAUUUCAAUUGUAAAUGACAAUCUUAUUUGAAAAGGCAAAAUGUAAAAGCAGCAAGCAUACCAGACUUGAUUUCUAUUGAAUAAUAAACUUUGUGAACACAAAUGUAUUAAUAAAUAUGUAUUUUGUGUGACUAACUGAAAGAA